UGUUCACGAUUUCUUCCUUUCAAUGGUUCCGCUGUGGGGUGAGUCGCGCGAUUAAUUGUUUGAUCUUCCUCGUUGAAUUGCGUGUAGUUAUUUUUGACAACGGAUUUAAGCUUCGACAGUAUUACGAGUGGCUAAAUAGCGCGUUCACUGGGUCAUAGUAAGCGGCACUGUCAUUUUACUUGGACUCUGAUCGCACGAGGAAACAGUAGUCGAGAUGGAUGGCCUGGCUUUAGCUCGAGGAUAGUGUGAUCAGAGGAUUAGUAGGAAAGGAUGCCACACAGAGUCUGCAACUCUAGGAAGUGGCUGGCCCCUGUGACUGGUGACGUAGCCGAUCGCUGGUUGUUUCGGAGAAGACAGAAAAGAUGCCCUUUGACCUCUUUAAGUCACUGCAAUAAACUGAGACAGCAGGCCUGACUACUUUACCGCUGUAACACUGAAGACCUUAAAGACACUGACAUACAUCGUAAAAAUGAAUAUUCUGUCUGCUAUAAUCGUGUUUGAGAACCUCCAUGAGGUCAAGAGGCUUUUUCACUGGGGUCCGAUCAUCGCUCUGACAGUCAUCGGCGUUUGUUCCUCUAUGGCCAUACUGGACUCCAUAAUCUGGUACUGGCCGCUGGACACCACUGGAGGAAGCAUCAACUUCAUCAUGCUCAUUAACUGGACCGUCCUCAUUCUUUACAACUAUUUUAAUGCCAUGUUUGUGGGCCCUGGUUACAUUCCUCUGGAGUGGAAACCGGAGAAUCAACGAGAUAUAAUGUACUUACAGUUCUGUAGAUUGUGCCAAGGCUAUAAAGCACCAAGGUCACAUCACUGUCGCAAGUGUAACAGGUGUGUGAUGAAGAUGGAUCAUCAUUGUCCAUGGAUCAACAAUUGUUGUGGUCACUUGAAUCAUGCAUACUUUACCAGCUUCCUUCUGCUUGCUCCACUGGGCUGCAUUCAUGCUGCACUUAUAUUUAUCAUGACCAUGUACACGCAGCUUUAUGACCGGAUCUCAUUUGGUUGGAGCUCAGUUAAGAUUGACAUGAGUGCGGCUCGGCACAUCCACCAUCCCAUCAUGCCUUUCAGCAUUGCAGCAUUUGCAGCCACUCUUUUUGCACUGGGACUGGCACUGGGUACUACUAUUGCUGUGGGGAUGCUGUUUUUUAUUCAGAUGAAGGUGAUUCUCCGAAACAGAACCUCAAUAGAAGCAUGGAUUGAGGAGAAAGCCAAAGACAGAAUCCAAUACUACCAAACAGGAGAAGACUUUAUCUUCCCUUAUGACCUGGGCAGCCGAUGGGAAAACUUUAAGCAGGUGUUCACUUGGUCUGGUGCUCCAAUGGGAGACGGAAUUGAAUGGCCUGUGCAUGAAAAGUGUGACCAGUACACUUUAACUAUAGAGCAGCUGAAGCAAAAACAUGACAAGCGUCAGAGGAGUGUGGAGUACAGAGUGGUGGAGGAAUAUAAUGGAGCCUGCUGUCCGUUGGGAAAAGGACUGAACACUUUCUUUAGGACACCUUGUACUGAGGAGCCCAGGAUCAAACUGACGAAGGGGGAGACUAUCUUUGCUACAAGAGGAACAAAGUGGUGGAUGUACGGAGACAAAGUUUUGAAUGAGGAACAAGCUAAAGUUGGAGUUCGUAUCAGAGGAUGGUUUCCACGCCGGUGUGUGGAGAAAUGUCUCUAUGACUCCGCGAAUAACUCUACAAGUGAAGAAAAGAAAGAUCAAUGAUGCAGAAUUUCACAUUUCAACACAAGACCUGAAAUAAGGGCCUGACCCUGCUGACAUGCACAUUUCUUUCUGAUUCUUUUUGUAAAGCUGUUCAAUGGCACCAGCGAUAAGUGUUGAAUUAAACUGAUACUGACACCCCAAAGUUAUUAACCUCUGAAACUUAAAAAGAACAAAAAAAAAAAUCAUUUCCAAAGAAAAGCUGGCAGAAAAAAACCUGGCUAAUGAGAAGGAAAUGAGAGUUUUAUAAUACUGGGAUCGGGAUGUAUAGACGCUUGUUCUUUAAAGGGGAUUAUUAAGAUUUUACUUGAAAAUUGUUGUUUCUUCUUGCCUUUCUCUUACUCGCUUGCUAUUUCUGGUUUGUUGAUGCUCACACUGAUUAUGCAAAGCCUUUUUCCAGUCUUAACAAGGUGUUUGUCAUGCAAAUUUCUCUUAAAUUGUUUAUAUAACUGAAUAAUUUUAUUUUAUUUUUGAUGUCUUUUUUGUAAAACUGAUGUCAACCUCGCUGAAGUUUUCAGAGACAAAUAAACAACCAUGAUCUGUA